CCUCAGAAGCACCAGGCGGUGGCGCUGCGGGUGAGCUCUGACCUAUUGGUGUUCUACCGCUGCGGCAUAAUUGGCUACCAAGACACACUCUACGCCCACUCCCUCCGCCAAUGCUACCGCGACUGCCAUAUCUACGGCACCGUAGACUUCAUCUUCGGCGACGCCCCGGUCGUGAUCCAAAACUGCGACAUAUUCGUAAGAAAACCAAUGAGCCACCAAGGCAACAUGAUCACCGCUCAAGGGCGGGACAACCCUAACGAGAACACGGGGAUUUCGAUCCACGCGUCGCGCGUUAGGCCCGCGGCGGAUCUUGUCCCGGUCAAGGGCGCCUUCAGGAGCUACUUGGGAAGGCCGUGGAAGAAGUACGCAAGGACGGUGUUUCUUAAGACGGACUUGGAUGGGUUGAUUGAUCCCAAGGGGUGGAAAGAGUGGAGAGGCGAUUUUGCAGUUUCAACUUUGUUUUAUGGAGAGUAUAUGAACACUGGAAUUGGCGCUUCAACGGCAAAAAGAGUGAAUUGGCCUGGCUUUCAUGUGCUCAAUAGUGAUCAACAAGCGAGCCCUUUUUCUGUGGGUAGUUUUAUUCAAGGAGGGUCUUGGAUUCCAGUCACUGGGGUCCCAUUCUCUAUUGGAAUAUGA